AUGCCUUGUGCCUUGGAUGAUUCCGAUGAGCCUGCAAAGUCACAAUUCUCCGGGAGGAGUCUCCUGGGAAAACUUUUCGACGAUCCGUUACACUUUUUUCACGGAGUGGAAGGCGCCCCUGGCGGGGCAGGCCUUCUCUACGGGCGCCCUGCUCUUAGGGUGCUAGCGGGUGCUAAGUUCCAUCGGGUUUGUUCCGCUAGGCGCAACGUGCCUUGGGGAAUUCUCUUGCACGUUUGGCUUAAGGGAUUUCUAUAUCCACGUCACUUCUACUUUUUGUCUGAGGCUGAGUUCAAACUUCUCAGCGAUGCUAAUGGCUUCUCUCCGAUUGAUGGUGUAGAGUUUCCGUCAACUGACUCGACGAUCCUUUCUCCUCCUUCAGGCAAAGUAGGCAUUUAUCUGAAAACCAUUAAUAAUUGUCUGUGCCUUCCUCUCAGCGACUUUUAG